GGCCCCACCCCACUGAAUAACACAGCGCUACCUAAAAGCAGGAAGUACAUUAGUGGAUCAUCCAUCCAAGCCACAUGCGACUGAAACAGAAAAACAAAGCUUACAACAUAUGAUUUUGCUCUGAUGUGGAUUUUUUGAUGCACUGCUGAGGCGAGCAGCCAAAAUCUGACAUCUACAUAUCGCCUGGACGCGUCUGGACAAACAAGAGCAUGGGGCAGCAUCUUGGAAAACGUGAGCCACUUUCUGUUUCCAAGGGAUCCUCAACAGUAUCUGAACACAUCAAUUCAACAGACACGCCGGCGGAGUCACAAGAUGAGGUAUUUGG